AUGGCGGCCUUGCAUACGAUGGAGGUCUUGACGCGGCCUGCGGGGGCUCCAAGGAGCUCACCGAGUGUCAUCUCAGACUCUUCCAUGACAAUGAGCUUCUCACUGCCAGCCUCUUUCCUGCAAGCGCGUGCUGCGCUGUCUACAGCCGCAGUGGCAGGUCCAAAAAGAGCUGGCAAUGGUGUCGAAGAGGUAGGAGACUCGUGGGAAGAGCGCGACUGGGAGUCCGAAGCUUUGCAGACCGUUAAAGCAAAACCAGAACAGCAGGAAUCAGACGACUGGGAGCAGGAGACGACACCGGACCUACCUGACGACUUUCCGAGGCUCAUCGUCAAUCUCACGAGGGUUCAACGCCACCACUUUCCCGUCUCCAAGGAGGACGAGCAAGAGCUGGACAUGAUGGAAGUAUUCCGCAGAGUCAAAGCAACAUUGCACCAGCAUUUCUCCCAAUUGGCGGAGGUGCUGUUUGAACAGACGUAUCCGGAUGACCUCUUUGCCAUGGUGGACUACCCGACGGAGAUUGAUGAUGUGCCGCUGCAUGAAUUUCUCCACACGUUGUCGUAUCCGUCCAAGUGGAAGAGUGUCGAGUACUUGAAGGACUGUCUGCGCAGGUGCUCAAGAGAUAUCAGAUGGAAGAGAGAUGUGAUCGCUGAACUGGAGGUGCUAGCGGAACAAGAAUUCGCUCAGUACGAGGAGAAGCAACAGCGACUGAGCGACGAAAUUGACGAGCUGACGCGUCUACGUGACUCGUUUCGAGAGAAGCUGGAGAAGAUGACGAGCCAUGACGGCAAGCCGAACGGUCAAUACUUGAUUUUGCGCAAACUAGAGGACAUCGAGAAUCGGUUAGUGACACUUCUGGACGAUUACUUGAAAGAGCCCGAACUGGAGGAAGAAGAAUGCUAUAGUGCAUUUGGUAACCCGGGCGGGGAAGGUGGCGUGCGCACGGGUAUGAAUGUGCUGGACAUGGUGAUUGCCAUGGUGUUCGGUCGUUUGCCUCGCGAUUUCACUCAGCAGACCUCGACGGAAGAACAUUUUCAGAUGCUUUUCGAUCACCACAUCCACAUCCUGCGGCUGUGGAAAAAGGACUUUGGACGUCUCCCUCCGCAGUCUCGAGCUGCGCCACCGAAGCCUGAUGGAGCAGACUCGGACGAAUUGUCAGAAAGAGAGCAAGCCGUCGACGAUAUCUCUGGCCAUGAUGACAUUGACGAACAAGGGGAGACAAUCUCGUCGUAUGGUCGAGUAGACGACGGUGAUGCUGAGAGCUUAGAGGAAGCCUCGCUUGAUGGCUUGGAUGGAGAUUGGGAGCGUGUACACUUCGAGGACACUACUCUCCAGGGCAAUGACUCGGAUGGCUACGGCGCUGAUUUUGAUAGCGAUGAAAGUGAGGACGACGAGGAGCAGACUGCUGCAGUGCGAGUCCAAAUGCACGAGAAACUUGAACAAGGCGAUGCAGGCAAGUCUUCUGUGUCUACUCGACCAGGACGGAGACGCGUCAAGCGGUCCACAAGGCGCUCAAAAAAACUCCUACAGUCCACGUCAGAAAGACAUUACAACAGCGAUGAAGAGCGAAAGAUUGCUCCGUUCCAACCAUUUGCGUGCACGGGCGCAGUCGGUCUGCUCCGUCUUGCGAAAGAAAACGAAAUGUUUUGA